UGCUUUAAGUUGAUAUUAUGCUAUUUUAUUUGUUCAUAUUCUAAAUGAUCAGAACCUAGUUCAAGCUGAUACAAACUCGAUGAUAUUCGUUUCACAGUUUAGUAUCUAGUUAGGUUGAAUUGUUUAUCUAUAAUUUAAUGAGAGAAAAAACAAAAGACAGUUCAUAUUUAGUUUAAAUUUGCGACACUGUAUAGCAUGACGGUGUCUGUAUGAAUGUACUGGGAAAUCAACCGAAAGGUACAAUGCAUUAAACCUCUCUCGUAGAAAAUUCCAAGCAUAAAGUUGUAAAGGAAGAGACAGAUGCUGCAGAAUUGGUCAAAAUCUUUUUGACAAAUCUAAAUAAAAAACAAUAAAAUGUCUUUGACCAAAAAAAAAAAAAAACAAUAAAAUGUCACUUUCAAAAUAAUUACUAGUGUUUGUUGACAAAAAAAAAAUUAGAGCUUUGUGUUAUUAUAAUGAAAAUAAAAUGAAAGCGACAUCAAUCUGGGACUGGGGUAAAAGGACCCCCUGCUCUCUUCAUUGGUUGAGUUGUACAUUAGCUGUCAAAUUAUUACAUUUCAAUAUACAUUCGUUUUUUUUGGGACAAAUCAAUAUACAUUCGUUAACUCCAAAUAUAUACAUUUAGAUGGAUGGUACAACCACAUUUUUGGAGUUACUUCCCAAUUUCUAUUGUAAGUAAAUCAUCAUAUAAAUCUUAAAAUUACUGAGUUGCUUCAUUAUACAUAUACUACAUGUACUAUGACUCCUGAUCUUGGAGUUACUUCCCAAUUUCUAUUGUAAAUAAAUCAUCAUAUAAAUUUUAAAAUUACUGAGUUGCUUCAUUACGUUAUGUAUUAUGAUAUCAGGAGUCACUGCCUAUAUCUUUACAUUUCAUCUACAAUAAACCGGUAUAAUUACAUUGAAAACUGAAACAAAGUUGUUAAUUUAUAUAUAUAGUCCUGAUAAAUUUAUGUAAUAUAUAUAUAGAUAUACAGUAUUUGUCUCACAAGAAAAUCUAGGUUUAAUGAGAAUUAAAUGAACAAAAUGACGAAAAGAAAGAAACAAAAUAAAGAAAAAGACAUAUGAAAUGUAGUCCCCCUCUUCUCUUUGCUUUCUUAAUUUCUUAUAUACACAAACAAAGUUCUCUCUCUCCCUCAUGUCGAGUUUUCUGCGGUUGCCCUAUCUCAUGACCCUUUAGGUUAACGGCGUUUUCAUCAAACCUCUGGUUUUCGUGGACUUUCUUUUCAAGAUCAAAAGCCUUGUUUUUGCUUUUGGGUUAUAAACCAAAAAAGGUGACAAAAGAAAAAACACAUGGAAGCUUAGAAGAAGAAAGCUUUCAGAGUUUGUGAGGUUGUUGUUGGUUAGUUUGUUGUUUUCUAGCAAAUGCUGAGUCUCUUCUCUCUGAAUAAAAUAUUCUAGAGACUCGGCAGGGAUGAUGAUGGAGAAUAAGCGCAAUGUAUGCUCUCUUGAAGAUAACAGCAUUAAACGACACAAGUCUGAUCUCUCUUUCUCUUCCAAGGAGAGGAAGGAUAAGGUGGGAGAACGUAUCUCAGCUCUUCAACAGCUAGUUUCCCCUUAUGGAAAGACCGACACAGCAUCAGUUCUUCUAGAGGCGAUGCAAUACAUUCAGUUUCUUCAAGAACAAGUCAAGGUCUGCUCUGUUUCCUUCACGGUUUCGAAUCUGAACUGCAUUUGUCCAUCUUCUGAUCCAACAAUGAGUUUUUCUGUACAGGUUCUAAGCGCUCCAUAUCUUCAAACAACCCCAAUUACCACACACGAGGAGGAGCUGGGAGAGUACAGAUUGAGAAGCAGAGGGUUAUGUCUUGUCCCAAUGGAGUACACAGUAGGUGUUGCUCAAACCAAUGGUGCUGAUAUUUGGGCUCCUGUAAAGACUCCAGUCUAAUUCGCCCAUCUGAUGAUCUGUCUUUCUCAAGAUUAAAUGAAAGAUAAUAAAAAAAAAAAUGUUAGGGGUCUGAUGAUGAUGCCUAUGUAACACAUAUAUAAAUUGAUGUAAGACCCAUGAAGUUGUCUCAUAGUCAGUGAUGUCUGUUUCUGUUAUUCUUACUGCUUAAUCUCUCAACUCUGUGGUGGCUUCAUCCUAUAUUUGAUUCUAACGAAAA